AUGGGUAUCAUCAACGAUAAUCUCAAUGUCCUCUACCUGGGCGUGGCUGCUGCCCUGUACUUACGCCCAGAAUAUGCUCUCUUCGAGUCAAGAGCUGGAACGAUGGUUCUAUCAUUUCUGGCCAUCACCAGUUGGAAAAUACUCUACCAGCUAGCAUUAUAUCCUGCAUUCUUCACACCGAUCAAACACAUCCAGACGCCAAAGGGCCGAACCUGGUUGACUGGUAAUUCCGAGACCAUCUUUCUCGAGACUCCUUACAAGCGCAUGCUACAGUGGGCGGCGAAUCUGCCCAAUGAAGGUCUCAUUCGAUACUAUAUUGUCGGAAAUUUGGAACGAGUCGUUCUCACCAGUCCCAAAGCACUCAGUGAACUGUUGGUCACCAAAGUCUAUGACUUUGAGAAGCCUCAGACGUUGCGACAGAGCUUGCGCCGUAUAGUUGGAGAUGGUAUUCUGCUUGCCGAGGGAGACGAGCAUAAGCUUCAACGCAAGAACUUGAUGCCUGCAUUUGCGUACCGCCACAUCAAGGACCUUUACCCAAUCUUCUGGUCCAAGAGUGUUGAAAUGGCCAAGCUGAUCCAGCAGGAUCUGGAACAGCGAAAAGCCUCCGGAGACAAAGAUAACACCAUCGUAGUCCGCAACUGGGCAAGUCGGGCUACAUUGGAUAUUAUCGGAGUAGCAGGCAUGGAUCACGACUUUGACUCCCUGCGCGACCCUCUCAACAAACUUAACCGGUCAUAUCAACAGAUUUUUCAAUCUCCCGGCCUUGGUACAAAGAUUCUGUUCAUCAUUGGAAUGAUGAUGGGAAACGUUACUCUCCUCCAAAAGAUGCCGACGCAACGCAAUAAACGUAUUGACGAAGGUGGCGAAGUCAUCCGCGAUGUUGCCCGACAGAUGAUCCGGCAGAAGAAAGAGAAGAUGAAAAAUUCCAACUCGCAGACUGGUGUCGAUAUUAUCUCCGUCGCAAUGCACAGCGGUGUCAUGGACGAAGAAAACCUGGUCGAUCAAUUGAUGACCUUCCUAGGUGCCGGCCACGAAACCACUGCCACGGCGAUGCAAUGGGCCGUCUACGCGCUCUGCAAGAACCCCGAUGUCCAGAUCAAGCUGCGCGAAGAAAUCCGCGCGAAUCUCCCUUCUAUUUCCUCCGAAGACUCUGGCGCAAUCGACGCCACAACUAUUGACAACCUCCCCUACCUCCACGCCGUCUGCAACGAAAUCCUCCGCUUCCACCCAUCCGUCCCAGGCACGAUUCGCACAGCAGUCAAGGAUACAUCUCUUGUCGGUAAACCAAUUCCCAAGGGCACGACUCUUAUCAUUGCCCCAGAGGUCUUGAAUCAUCUAGAGGAGCUAUGGGGACCGGACGCGGACAAAUUCAACCCGGAGAGAUUCAUGGGCCCGGGCAAGGCUAACACGGGCGGCGCCACUAGCAACUAUGCAUUCUUGACAUUCCUUCACGGUCCACGCAGUUGUAUUGGUCAAGGCUUUGCCAAGGCUGAACUUGCCUGUCUGCUCGCUGCGACUGUUGGUCGUUUCAAUAUGGAGUUGAAGUAUCCUGAUCGUGAGUUGGAGCUUCGUGAGGGGGCCACUGUUUCGCCGAAGGAUGGUGUUGUGGCUGUGUUUACUCCGUUGGAGGGAUGGUAA